ACUUCCCAUUCCUAUAAGCACCCACCACAUCUCGGAAUUAGGAGGUCCCGGGGUCUCUCUUGUUGACGUUGUUUCGUUUUCUUCUCCUCCGAGUUUUUAGUAGUGAAACAGGAAGAAGAAACUAAUAAUGGCCCAAGAAGACACCCGGAGCAACACAAAGGGGGAACAGUCGGUCGACGAUUGGCUCCCUAUCACCUCUUCGAGGAAUGCCAAGUGGUGGUACUCCGCCUUCCACAAUGUCACUGCCAUGGUUGGGGCCGGUGUCCUCAGCCUUCCCUAUGCCAUGGCUGAACUUGGAUGGGGUCCUGGAGUAGCAGCCCUCCUACUAUCAUGGAUCAUUACGCUGUACACAUUGUGGCAGAUGGUGGAGAUGCACGAGAUGGUGCCUGGGAAAAGGUUCGACAGGUACCAUGAGCUUGGGCAGCACGCAUUCGGGGAGAAGCUCGGACUGUGGAUCGUGGUUCCCCAGCAGCUGAUCGUGGAGGUCGGAGUCUGUAUUGUGUACAUGGUCACAGGCGGCAAGUCCCUUAAGAAGUUCCAUGACACGGUCUGUCCGAGCUGCACCCCCAUCAAGACCACGUACUUCAUUAUCAUAUUUGCAUCGAUCAACUUUGUCCUCUCCCACCUUCCCAACUUCAACUCCAUUUCCAUCGUAUCAUUGGCCGCUGCAGUCAUGUCCUUGAGUUACUCAAUAAUUGCUUGGGCAGCUUCUCUCAAGAAGGGUGUCCAACCCGAUGUGGACUACAGCUACAAGGCCUCGACCAGCACUGGUGUGAUGUUCAACUUCUUCAGCGCUCUUGGAGAUGUGGCCUUUGCAUAUGCCGGCCACAAUGUGGCGCUUGAGAUCCAAGCAACGAUCCCUUCGACUCCCGAGAACCCAUCCAAGAAGGCCAUGUGGAGGGGAGUCGUGGUUGCUUACAUAGUUGUGGCCAUCUGCUACUUCCCUGUGGCCCUCAUUGGGUACUGGAUAUUCGGUAACGCUGUGGAUGAUAACAUUCUCAUCACCCUCAAUAAGCCUACCUGGCUCAUUGCCGCUGCAAACAUGUUUGUCGUCGUCCAUGUCAUCGGGAGCUACCAGAUAUAUGCGAUGCCGGUGUUUGACAUGCUGGAGACGUUCCUUGUCAAGAAAAUGCACUUCAAACCUUGUUUCCAGCUCCGUUUCAUCACCCGAACUAUAUAUGUUGCAUUCACGAUGGUCACGGGUAUAGCAGUUCCAUUCUUUGGCAGCCUUCUGGGAUUCUUUGGAGGAUUCGCUCUGGCCCCGACCACUUACUUCCUACCAUGCACCAUGUGGCUUGCCAUCUACAAGCCCAAGAAGUUCAGCUUAUCCUGGUUCACAAACUGGGCUUGUAUAAUCGUCGGUGUUAUGCUGGUGAUUAUAGCACCCAUCGGUGGGCUGAGGCAGAUCAUUGUCUCAUCAAAGAACUACCGGUUCUUCUCUUAAGCGUCUGUGCCUGUGCCUGCUCCGAUGAUACAACGCGAGAUGGAAAUGAACAAAAAACUAAUGGUGGUGCUAGUGAUCUUUAGUUCUGAAGAAUGAAUUGGGCAGAGAAAACUUGAUUUCAUCCACUGUGAAUAUCUCUGUAUAUACAAGGCUUAGACGGUGUAUUAAAAAAAGAAAUCCUAACAUAAGGAAAGAAGAAUCCGUCCUAAAAUAUGUUUGUCUAAUAUAGUACGGAAUUUCCACCGAAAAAAAAAAUUCCACCGAAAAAUAUAGUACGGAAAUUAAUGUACAAGAUUUCCUAGUGAAGAAGAAAAUCUACUUGUAAUAUUCCCCUCAAGUUGGACAAUGAGAAUUCCAAAAUCUCAAAUUACUAA